AACAGUGAUCUCUAACCAUUAGAACUCCUAAAAAGGUCACCUCUUUCCGUGCCGAAUCCUAUCCUCCUACGCUUUCUAUUCCGCUUCAGCCGCUCUUCCUCAACCAGUUUCCGCACCUCUAGCUCUCGCCAGCUGAGCCGCCGACGACCCUCUAUUUAUAUCUUUCAUGCUGUCGCCAUGAACCUUUGGACCGACGACAACGCGUCCAUGAUGGAUGCCUUCAUGGCUUCAACUGAAGUCCAGAUCUUUCCCUGGACGCCGGCGCCGGCACCGGCACCUGAGGCCCAUGUCCCCGCUUUUUCCUCCGCCUCCGCCGGCGUACCAGAGUACUUCACCCAGGAAUCCCUACAACAACGCCUCCACAUGCUAAUCGAAGGAGCGAGGGACAGCUGGACAUACGCAAUCUUCUGGCAGUCCUCCGUCGACGUUGGCUUCGGCGCUUCCAUUCUCGGCUGGGGGGAUGGCUACUACAAGGGCUGCGAGGAGGACAAGCGGAGGCGGAGGAACGCCACGUCGAGUUCUGUGGCCGAGCAGGAGCACAGGAAGCGCGUGCUCCGGGAACUCAACUCAUUAAUCUCCGGCUCCGGGUCCUCGCCGGAUAGUGCCAUGGAGGAGGAAGUCACUGACACCGAGUGGUUUUUUCUCGUAUCGAUGACGCAGUCGUUCGUAAACGGCUCUGGGCUCCCAGGGCAGUCGUUUCUCACCGGCGCUCCUUCGUGGAUUGUCGGCAAAGAUCGGCUCUCCAUUGCGCCCUGCGAUCGCGCGAAGCAGGCGCAAGUGUUUGGGCUGCAGAGUAUGGUCUGCGUCCCCGUGGAAAGCGGUGUCCUCGAGCUCGGAUCCACGGAGCUCAUCUUCCAUAGCGCGGAUAUGAUGAACCAGGUCAAGGCUCUGUUCAAUUUCAACAGCUUUGAGGCUCCGGAGGCAGGAUCGUGGCCCCCAUCGCAGCCAGUCACGCCGGCGAUGACUGACCAAGGGGAUACCGAUCCCUCAGCGAUGUGGAUCUCGGAUCCCUUUAUCGAGAUCAAGGAUUCUGUUUCCCCUGCCGUCGCCGAAAUCUCGGUUACCGAACCACAAUUUCAAUUGGAAAACCCUAGCACCAGUAGCCUCACUGAAAACCAUGCCUCGAUUCCACCCCAACAACCACAGCAAAACCCCCAUCAAGUGCAGCAACCGCCCUCAUUUUACACCAGAGAGCUCAAUAUCUCUGAUUUCGGAAUAACCAGCGCCGAUCCUCGCCAAUCCUUCAAACUAGAACCCGGCGACGCUCUCAAUUUCGGGGAAAGUCUGAGGAAUUCCUCCCCCGCUCCUGCUACCCCUGGAUUCCUCUCUAAUGAGAAAAGGAAGACGAAAUCCUCAAACAACGAAGAAGGCAUGCUCUCCUUCAUCUCCCCUAGCCAUGCGAAACCCUUAGCCACCACCCAAGACUCCGACAACUCAGAUCUAGAAGCCUCUAUUCGCGAGGUAGAGAGCACUAGGGCCGCGGAGCCCGAGAAGCGGCCGAAGAAGCGCGGGCGCAAGCCUGCCAACGGACGGGAUGAGCCUCUCAACCACGUGGAAGCCGAGCGGAUGCGACGCGAGAAGCUCAACCAGCGGUUCUACGCCCUCCGCGCCGUGGUUCCCAACGUCUCAAAGAUGGACAAGGCAUCGCUCCUUGGCGACGCCAUCUCCUACAUCAAGGAAAUGCGCUCAAAGCUUCAAACCCUCGAGAACGAGAAAGAAGAACUGGUUUCGAAUGUAGAGACGCUCAAAAAAGAGCGCGAUGCGGCGCCCGUCCGGAUUCAAGAUAAGGAGCCAAGUAUUGCGAGCCGCAAUAGCCGGUGCGUUGGGUUAGAAAUUGAGGUGAAGAUACUCGGCGCCGAGGCGUUGAUUCGGUUGCAGUGCGACAAAAGAAACCACCCGGCGGCGAGGUUGAUGGCCGCGCUCAAGGAAUUGGACCUGGAGCUGUACUACGCCAGCAUCUCGGUCGUCAAGGAUCUCAUGAUCCAGCAAGCAACGGUGAAGAUGCCGGGACGCGGUUAUACACAGGAGCAGCUUACCGCCGUGCUCUACUCCCGCUUGGCCGAUCCAACACCAGAGGUUACCGUUACUCCCUGUAAUCAAAUCUCCCAUUUUAACAAGCCCAAGCCUAUGUGAUAAUUGCAUUUUCCGAUCCAUCUCGAUCUCCAUGCCUGCAGACUUCUGAAACCUUAAGAAAUGAACUGGAGUUUCCAGAUGUCAUGACUAUUAGUGUAUAUUUGCAUGAUUGUAUGUAUGAAAAAAGAAUGUGAUGUUUAGUUUUGUCUCUC